GGGUACUGGGAAGUACCGGGGGUCACGGGGUGACUCGGACGGACUGGGAGCACUGGGAGACACGGGCAUAGCUGGGAGGUGCGCCCAGAGCCAUGAAGACCCUCCUGCUGCUAUGGGCGGCCCUGGCUAGCGUGGGGGCCCAGCUGCCCUGUCCCCAUGGAGGACCCUGCCCCAUCACCCCGGCCGUGCCUGCCCACAGUGCAAUGGGAUGCCAGGACAGCUCAUCCUGCCCCACCAGCUGCCAGCUGCCAGAGAGUGUCCUCUGUGCCGGGGGCCACCACUGCUGUCCCCGAGGAUCCCACUGCAGCGCUGAUGGGGAGUCCUGUGUCACAGACCUGGCCCCCCGUGCUGUCCCCUGUCCUGAUGGCCAGUCCGAGUGUCCUGAUGAUGCCACGUGCUGUGUGACAAGCAGCGGCGCUUGGGGGUGCUGCCCCAUGCCCCAGGCCUCGUGCUGCGCUGACAAGGUGCACUGCUGUCCCCAUGCCACCAUCUGUGACCUGACCCACGGGCGCUGUGUGUCCCCCACUGGUGACACUGAUGUCCCCCUGAGCACAGCCUUCCCUGCCUGGAAGCGCCAGCCCCCCGCCCCAGUCACGCUGCACCAGGUGCUGUGUCCCGAUGGCCGCUCAGCAUGUCCUGAUGGGGCAACCUGCUGCCAGCUGUCCCCAACGCAGUACGGAUGCUGUCCCCUACAGAACGCUGUGUGCUGUAGUGAUGGGCAGCACUGCUGUCCCCAGGGCACCACCUGUGACCUGGUCCACUCCACCUGCACCUCUCUGGGGCGCUCUGCACCCCUGGCAGCACUGCCCAAAGCUCGUGAUGUCAAGUGUGACGAGCAGACGAGCUGUCCCGAUGGGAACACAUGCUGCCGGCUCAGCUCAGGGGCCUGGGGCUGCUGCCCCCUCGAGCAGGCCGUCUGCUGCCCCGACCACGUGCACUGCUGCCCCCAGGGCUACACCUGCGACCCCGAGGGGGGCAGCUGCCUGCAGGGGGGGGACAACCGCCGGCCCUGGGUGCGCAAGACCCCGGCACUGCCCCGGGGGGGACAGGUGACAUCGAGGAAUGUCAUUUGUGAUGAAGAGACGAGCUGUCCUGAUGGGAGCACGUGCUGUCGGCUGAGCCUGGGCACCUGGGGGUGCUGCCCCCUCGAGAAGGCCGUCUGCUGCCCCGACCACGUGCACUGCUGCCCCCAGGGCUACACCUGCGACCCCGAGGGGGGCAGCUGCCUGCAGGGGGGGGACAACCGCCGGCCCUGGGUGCGCAAGACCCCGGCACUGCCCCGGGGGGGACAGGUGACAUCGAGGAAUGUCAAAUGUGAUGAAGAGACGAGCUGUCCUGAUGGGAGCACGUGCUGUCAGCUGAGCCUGGGCACCUGGGGGUGCUGCCCCCUCGAGCAGGCCGUUUGCUGCAGGGACCACCAGCACUGCUGUCCCCGAGGCUACACCUGCAACGUGGCCACCGAGAGCUGUGAGAAGCUGCUGGCACCCACCCCGCUAGUGCCAACCCCCGCAGCCCCACGCCAGGCCCCCUCAGGCCCCCCCCGGGCAGCCCCUGUCCCACUGCGAGCCACUGGCACCCAUUCAGGUGGCCUCGUGCCCUGCGGUGCCACUGGCUCCUGCCACAGGGGCCAGCAGUGCUGUCAGGCCCGGGGAGGCUCCUGGGGGUGCUGCCCCUUCGCCCAGGGCUCCUGCUGCUCUGAUGGCCGCCACUGCUGCCCUGCGGGGUUCCGCUGCACCAGGGCGGGCUGGGGGUGCAGCCCCCAGCGCUGGGAUCUGUUUUGAUGUCACUGGGGACACCACCACCACCACCAUCCCCCGAGUGCCACCACCCCAAUAAACGGUUUCUAGGAGAAACUCCA